AAAAGAGGGGGGAGUGGUUUCGUUUGAUGAUUGUCACCUUGGUCUGCCAAUCCGGGUAUUGCUCCACGUCGGCAGGACAGAGCAAGAUGGAUGCGGUGCUGUUGGAACCCUCGCUCUAUACAGUGAAAGCUGUUCUAAUUUUGGACAACGAUGGAGAGAGACUCCUUGCUAAGUACUACGACGAGACGUAUCCAACGGUGAAGGAACAGAAGGCUUUUGAGAAGAAUAUAUUCAAUAAGACCCAUCGGACAGACAGUGAGAUUGCUCUUCUAGAGGGACUGACGGUGGUGUAUAAAAGCAGCAUUGAUCUAUAUUUCUAUGUUAUUGGAAGCUCACAUGAGAAUGAGCUCAUGUUGAUGGCCGUCUUGAAUUGCCUCUUCGACUCUUUGAAUCAAAUGCUUAGAAAAAAUGUGGAAAAAAGAACCCUGCUUGAAAACAUGGAAGGGCUGUUCCUAGCUGUUGAUGAGAUAAUAGAUGGCGGAGUCAUUCUGGAAAGUGACCCUCAGCAAGUGGUUCAUCGCGUUGCCCUGAGGGGUGAUGAUGUUCCUCUCACAGAACAAACCGUGUCUCAGGUUCUCCAAUCAGCGAAAGAGCAAAUCAAGUGGUCUCUCCUGCGAUAGCUGGUUAUUCCUUUCCUGCAAAUGUUCAUUCCAUCCUGAUGGGACCCAGUUUCCUAGCCCCUUCCUCUUACUCUGUGAUUAUGAUUAUUUUAUUGUUCUGUGCCAUUGCAAUGAUGUCCUUCAUCCCUUUUCUGCAGUAGGGGCAGUGGUUCAAUGCCUUUACCUCUUCACAUCACCUUGUCUCCUUAUCUCAUAAGAAUGGGCUAAUGACGGAAGUGAGAACAGAACACAACCAUUCUAAUGACCGUGUCUAUGUAUCUUUACUAAAGCAGCCAUUGUUCCUUUAACAAAAAACAGAGGACAGUGAUCGCUACCCAGCUAUCGCUGUACUCCUUUCUGGUGGCAAUGGAACUUGUCUCAUGACCUCCCACCAGUGUUCACUGCAAUGAAUGGUCACUGUUGGUUACUUGUGAGUAAAUACUGUCUUACCCCAUUUACCGCCCUUUUUGUUUUAUUAAUGUACUCUUAGAGGUCACAAUUCAGAGCAAUGGAAAAUUGAAUUAGCGGAUCUAAGGUGCAGCGUUAGAUGGUAACGGGGACCAAUGGCGUGUAUGAAAGGCAUGUCUGUGCUGAAUGAAGGGGGCAGAGUUCCAGACCAUAAAAAAUAUAUAAUUAAUCUUCACGCCAUUGCAGAGCAGAUGCGGCUCUGGUCAGACUCCCGCGCACUAUUAUUAUAAAGUUAAAGGGCCUACUGCUCACCUCAUGAAACAGGAAGCACUCGUUCAUACGUGUUUCGUUAUGAAUAUGCGUAUAACCUCACCCCACCACUGAGGCCUGGCACUUUGCACCCCUGUGCUACGUACCAAAUUGUACAAAAUAAUAAAGAACAACCAGUUAAUCUGA